UGACGUGGUUUCAGUGAUAAGCAAGGACGAGCGAGUGACUCUUUGGAGACGAAGAGACGAGAGCAAAGGCAGAAGAGUAAACACACAGAUUUCAAUUAUUCAAUCAACGAAGCCUAGCCAAGUGAUGGCUUUACUGGCGCUUCCAUCACUAACAGCUCCGCCGACGUGCAGCAGCUGGAAAGCAGGUGUGCGAGGGAAGCGCCUCCUAUUCCGCUCUGCCGAUCGUGGUUGCUCUUUCAGGAGGAGCGGGUUUGAGGUUAGGGCUUUUUUCCCCAAUCCCGAACAACAGCCAAUUCUCAAGGAGGCGCUUAAGGAGCCGGUUGCGUUCGUGGGAGGGAUAUUUGCAGGCCUUCUAAGGCUUGAUCUAAACGAAGAUCCUUUGAGAGAAUGGGUUGCGAAAACAGUUGAAGCCUCUGGGAUUACAACAGAAGAAAGUAGUAAGAGGGAAGGAGAAGAGGAAGAUGAACAGGUAGCGCAACAGAUUGAGAUAGAAUGAAAUUAACUCACAAAAACACGAUUUGUUUUAUAGUAGUAUAAUUUUUUUUCCUACUGGCGAUUUCUGUUAUAAAUGAUCAAAUCAGAAAACGUGAAUGCAUUUAUUAGUGCU